AACACAAUAUGUUAUUGCGUGUUAGUGUGAUAGCUUCUUGCUGGUGUCGUUUGGCGGCGUGGAAUGCCCUGAGUGGAAUUUUACAAAUAAACAUACCGUCGAUUGAGCAUGGCUCCUGUGAAAUCAAGAAAAGUUGCCAUAAUGGGCUUCAGAUCCGUCGGCAAGUCGUCGCUAUCCAUUCAGUUUGUUGAAGGUCAAUUUGUGGAUUCUUAUGACCCUACAAUUGAAAACACUUUUUCCACUCGCAUAAAACACAAAGGCCAAGAAUACCAAAUUGAUCUGGUGGACACAGCAGGCCAGGAUGAGUACUCUAUGAUUUCACAAGCAUAUACCGUUGAUGUUCAUGGAUAUGUUCUGGUUUACUCUGUUACAUCGCAGAAAAGUUUUGAAGUUGUGAAAGAUAUUAGAGAAAAACUUCUUGAUUUGACUGGGUCGGCAUUUCUACCAAUAAUAUUGGUUGGAAACAAAACAGACUUACAUAUGGAAAGGAUGAUUUCAAUGGAACAAGGAAAAACCUUGGCUGAUUCAUGGAAGGCAGUUUUUCUUGAGUCAUCUGCAAAGGAAAACAAGUGUGUAAGGGACAUUUUCCUGGCAAUAAUCAAUGAGAUUGAAAGACUGCAAAAUGGAACUGGGAUUAAAGAUAAAGAGAGUUGUGUUUUAUUGUGAAUUAAGUAUUUCUGUGGUCAUAGCUGCAAAUGAAUGUUGCAUUCCAAAAAAACAUUUGUCAAUUUUAAUUGCUAUUUUACCAUGUGCAAAUGGUGUAGGAGAGCACUGUUGGCAUAACAGUACGGAAAUUCAGAUUUAGCUCAAAUGAUAUUUUUCUGUACCAUAAGGCACUCAGAGAGCUUGCAUUAUCACGUGUGUUCACAAACAACUGCUUAAACCCUAAACUUGCCUAUGAAAAUAGAUUUCAUUGAUUCUGGGAAGAGCUGAUAGUCCUUACAACCAAACAUAUAGGGUUUGAAAGUUUGACUAUGAUGAUAUUUAUAUUAGCUUGAUUUUCACAUUGCCUUGAAUUGUCAGUCAAGAUGUCUUUUAGUGCAAUAAUGGUUAUGCUGUUUGCAAGUUUCUGUAUCAAAUAUGGGACACAUGCUUCAUUCCCCUUGAUUUUUAAACAUAAGUAGCAAAAUAUAGCUUACCAAGGCUGAUUUUGUUUCCAUGGAAAGUGAACAUCAUCAUUUUUUAUGGAUUAUUAGUUGUUAAUUAUAAUUAGCCCUCUUAUGUAGUUAAGGCGUAUUUAACAAAUUAGCAAUCUUUGUGUACAUGACUUAGUAAAAAUAUUUGUAAAAUGUUUGUCAAUCUUACUUUGUUCAUUUUACUUCUGAAAACAAAUUUGAAUAGGCUCUCGUAUCUUUAGUCAUGCAAUUUUGGUUGAAUAUCAACACCAAAGACUUACUUUCAGUAUAAGUACGUUUUGCUAUGUGAAGUUAGAGUAAUAAUGGAAGUCGAAGGCCUACUGAAAUGUCUAAUGUUUUUUUGUAAAAAAGUAUAAGACAGGAAACAGCAGCACAUUCUUUAUCCAGCCCUAUCUCUAUUACGACAUCUCAUAUAUAGAUAUAUAACAAAUUUAUUUUUCCCCACUUUCGUUGAUGAAUCUGAUAUGUAUUAUGUAUACAUCAAAUCAGAACAUCAUAGUUGACAUACAAUGCCAUUUUCCUUUGGAAUUCACACAACAAAGUAUUAUAAAUAACUAGAUAAAUGAAACAUGUAACAACUCCAAACAAUGUGUGUUAAGUGUAAAAAAUUUUCUUUGGGGUAGGAUGGGCCAACACUACAUCGGCAGUUGCAAAGGGUAGAAAUAACUAGAAGAAAGAAUUACUUUGAUUUCAGAACCUGCAUGUUCUCUAUGCUUCCAUUUUGUUUGAUAAUGACAAUCGUGGCCAGCAAAAUAACCUAAAAUAUCACCUUUUGUAUUUCAAGAAACAUUGUUGAACUGAUAAUCGAUAAAAUGUGUUUGCUUUGCUUAAUGAAUAUAAUUAUCAUGCAUCUAGGCUUUACUAAAUUGUUGAUCCAUAGCAGAGUACGCUUAAUAUUUCAAUUUUUUCUGUUUUAACUAUAAAAGAUAAAACUUUAAA